AUGGGGUUGCUCGUCGCGCCUGAAGCCCGAGUCCUCCGCGUCUCCCUGGCGUUGCUCGCACAGGGCGCCCCAGCCGCGUGCCGCGCUGACGACGCCGAGGCGUGCCGCCAGCGCACCCUAGAGAAGGCGGUGGCGCUGGUCAGGGCAGGCAGCCUCAGCAAAGCACGACAGUCGCUGGCGUCGCGCGGGCUAGCGCCAGGCACGGCCGAGACGCUGGCUGAGCUGCGGGACCCCGCUCGGCGCCCACCACUGCCCACAGCCGCGCUGCCGCCAGCUGCGCGCGCUAUCAGCCCAGCCCGCUCGGUCGAGCAAGACCGCCGCGUCUGGACUGAGUGCGUCCGCUCUGCGCCGACGGGGCCUUCUAGCUCGCUGAGCGGUGCAAGCUCUGAGCUCCUCAAGUUGGCCUUGGACGAGGACGACGCGCUCGAGCUCCAGGCAGCCGUGGCGGAGGUGCACGCCCGGGCAGAGAUUCCAGUGAGCGUCGCCCGCGCCCCUGGCACUGGCCGCUUGGCGGCGUUCCAGCGCGCCGCGUGCGCCCGCCUGCCCGCGCUCGGUGUGUCCUAUGCCGUUCUUGUCCCUGAACCCCACAAGCUACCCGUGGGCAUGCUCGGUCUGGACUUUGGACCGCAUAUGUGGCGCGAGUUCCGCCUGUGGGCUGUGGCACGCAUGUCCGGGGCAUGGCUCCUUCCUGUGCUUGGCGUGCCGUGCCUCCCUGUCGCCUGGGCUCGCUGUGCUGCGUGCAGCGCCUUGCACGUGGAUAUAGCCCAUGCGCUCUGCGGGUGCCCCGAGCAAACUGCGCGGCGUGCGGAGUUGGAGACCCGCGCCCUGCUCCCGCCGCUGUCGCAGGCGGGCGUGCACCUGUACCAGCUCUUCCGCGACGGGCCGCCGCCCGAGCAGAGAUGGCACCACGUACUCCUCGUGGCGCGCGCCCUGCACGAUUCGAUCGGCCCGGGCGGUUUCUGUCACAGGGAAGCCGCGUGA